AGAGAGUAAAUCAAAAUGCUGAGCAGGUUCAUUGGCGUUUCAGCAGCAACUAUCAUCAGCGGUAGAUCUGGCAGCAUUCUGUCCAGAACUCUCUAUAAGUCGGGAGGCAAGAACCACACACAGACCAUGUCGACGGGCAAGGCUUACAAGGUGCUGAUUACCCAUCCCGAGGUGCCGCAGGAGGGCAUCGAUCUGCUCAAAGAGAACUGCGAGCUCAUCCAAGUCCAGAGUCUGCCCACCAACCGGGCCGAGCUGCUGCAAAAGAUCAGGGGCGUUGACGGUGUGCUCUGGGGCGGACAUGAAGCUCUCAAUGCCGAGGUCCUGGAUGCUGCCGGUCCUCAACUGAAGUCCAUCUCCACCAUGUCCGCUGGCAUCGACUAUGUGGAUGUGCCAGAGGUGAAGAAGCGCAAGAUUCCCCUGGGACACACACCAACGGUUCUGAACACGGCUGUGGCUGAUCUGGCCGUGGGUCUGCUGAUCGCCGCAGGACGUCGCUUCCACGAGGGUCGCAGGAAGAUCGAAACCGACAACUGGGAGAACUAUCAUCUCAACUGGAUGCUGGGCCAGGACAUCCGUGACUCCAUAGUUGGUUUCUACGGUUUCGGCGGCAUUGGUCAGGCCAUUGCCAAGCGUUUGUCCGGCUUCGACAUCGACCAAGUGCUCUACACCACUCGACGACGCGUGCACAAGGAGAUUGAGCAGGAGUUGAAUGCCAAGAAGGUCGACUUUGACACCCUACUGGCCCAGAGCGACUUUGUGGUCAUUGCCUCUCCCCUGACAGCGGACACGCAGGGCGUGUUCAAUACCACAGCCUUCAACAAGAUGAAGGAGACUGCAGUUCUGGUCAACAUUGGACGCGGCAAAAUCGUCAAUCAGGAUGAUCUUUAUGAGGCUCUGAAGUCGAACAAGAUCUUUGCCGCUGGCCUGGAUGUCACAGAUCCCGAGCCAUUGUCUGCCAAAGACAAACUGCUGUCUCUCGACAAUGUUGUUGUCCUGCCCCACAUUGGCUCUGCCACGAAGCGCACCCGUGCCGAGAUGGCCACCAUUGCCGCCCACAAUGUGCUUCGCGGAUUGGUCGGAGAGCCCAUGCUGUCGCCCGCCUACUAGGAAAUGCAAAUGUCCCUGCACCGGGAAUCAGAGUGGAAUAAACUUUGAUUAUUGUGUGGGGGAAAACGAAGCCAGUGGAGCGUAAAAGGUUGCUCAUGGCAAGGCCAUGGUUCCAGAUGUGAAAAUAAAAAUGCUAUAAUUAAAACAACUAA